AUUUGUGCAAGAUUUUGUGUGUAAAAAUUGGUAAAAAUGAUGUCUAGAUCAUAUACCAAUCUAUUAGAUCUAGCAUCGGGGAAUAUCCCGGUGAUGGGGCAUGAAAGAAAGUCUCUUCUCCAGGCAACGACCGUUGCAGGGGUUAUAUCAAAGCAUGAUGAUGAUCAAGCCAAUAAUGUGGCAUUUGAUGUGCCAUCAUCAGUUAUUGUAGAUCGAGUAAUUAUUGUGGCUAAUCAGCUUCCGGUGAAAGCUAAGCGUAGACCAGACAAUAAAGGAUGGGUAUUUAUUUGGGAUGAGGAUUCUUUGUUACUGCAUAUUAAGGAUGGUUUGCCAGAUGAUAUGGAGGUUAUUUAUGUUGGGUCUUUGAGAGUUGAGGUAGAUUCGUCGGAACAAGACCAUGUGUCACAGCUAUUGUUAGAGAGAUUCAAGUGUGUCCCAGCAUUUUUGCCUCAAGACAUUUUGGCAAAAUUUUAUCAUGGCUUUUGCAAGCAACAUUUAUGGCCCCUUUUCCAUUACAUGCUUCCACUUUCUGGAAGUUAUGCAGGUCAAUUUGAUCGGUCCUUGUGGGAGGCAUAUGUGGCGGCAAAUAAGAUUUUCUCACAAAAGGUGAUUGAGGUGAUAAACCCCGAAGACGACUAUGUCUGGAUUCAUGAUUAUCAUUUAAUGGUUCUACCUACUUUUUUGAGGAGGCGUUUCAAUCGAUUGCGAAUGGGUUUCUUUCUCCACAGUCCAUUUCCUUCAUCAGAAAUGUAUAGGACUCUGCCUGUGAGAGAGGAAAUUCUCAAGGCACUACUAAAUUCAGAUCUUAUAGGUUUUCACACCUUUGAUUAUGCUCGUCAUUUCCUUUCUUGUUGUAGUCGAAUGCUGGGCUUGGAGUAUUUGUCGAAAAGAGGUUAUAUUGGGUUGGAAUACUAUGGAAGAACUAUCGGUAUAAAGAUCAUGCCGGUUGGGAUUCACAUGGGGCAAAUGGAGUCCGUGUUAAGACUUGCAGAUGAGGACAUGAGGGUUCAAGAACUCAAGCAACAAUUUGAAGGAAAAACCAUAUUGCUUGGGGUCGAUGACAUGGACAUCUUUAAAGGUGUCAAUCUAAAACUUUUGGCAAUGGAACAGAUGUUCAAGCAACACCCAAAUUGGCAAGGAAAGGCAAUAUUAGUGCAGAUUGCAAAUCCUGCUCGUGGAAGGGGGAAAGAUCUUGAGGAAAUACAGGCUGAAAUACAAGCAAGUUGCAAGAGAAUCAAUCAAAAUUUUGGGCAACCUGGUUAUGAACCAAUUGUCUUCAUUGAUAGACCAAUUUCUCUUAGUGAACGAGCUGCAUAUUAUACCAUUGCCGAGUGUGUUGUUGUCACAGCUUUAAGGGAUGGUAUGAACCUUACCCCUUAUGAGUACAUUGUGUGCAGGCAAGGAAUUUCUAGUUCUAAUUCUAGUUUAGAAUCAAAUGGGCCAAAGAAGAGCAUGAUAGUAUUAUCAGAGUUCAUGGGAUGUUCUCCUUCACUGAGUGGUGCUAUACGAGUUAACCCAUGGAAUGUGAAAGCAACUGCUGAAGCAUUGAAUGAGGCAAUUUCAAUGGCCGAUGCUGAAAAACAGUUGCGUCAUGAGAAGCAUUAUAGGUAUGUUAGCACACAUGAUGUAGCAUACUGGUCAAGAAGCUUCUUCCAAGAUUUGGAAAGAACUUGCAAAGACCAUUUUAGGCGACGGUGUUGGGCUAUUGGUUUGAGCUUUGGUUUUAGAGUCGUAGCACUCGAUCCUAAUUUUAGAAAAUUGACCAUCAACACGAUUGUAUCUACUUAUUCAAAAGCCAAAAGUAGGGCCAUAUUGUUUGAUUAUGAUGGCACUGUGAUGCCUGAAACAUCCAUCAACAAAUCCCCCAAUCAGGAGGUUAUAUCAAUUAUAAAUACACUAUGUGAUGAUGUUAAAAAUACAACUUUUCUUGUCAGUGGACGCGGAAAGGAUAGUUUAGGGAAAUGGUUUUCUUCAUGCAAGAAACUUGGAAUUGCAGCUGAACACGGGUACUUCAUCAGGUGGUUUGCAGAUAAGAAAUGGGAAAUUUGCGGACAAGGCAGUCAUUUUGGGUGGGUACAGAUGGCUAAGCCUAUAAUGGAAUUAUAUACAGAAGCCACUGAUGGUUCUUACAUUGAAACAAAGGAGAGUGCAUUGGUUUGGCACCAUCGGGACGCAGAUCCAAGUUUUGGAUCCAGUCAAGCUAAGGAGAUGUUGGACCAUCUUGAAAGCGUGUUGGCAAAUGAACCUGUUACAGUGAAAAGUGGUCAGUUCAUUGUUGAAGUGAAACCUCAGGGAGUGAGUAAAGGCUUAGUAGCAGAGAAGAUCUUUGCAUCAAUGGCUAAGAGUGGAAGGCAGGCUGAUUUUGUUCUAUGUAUUGGUGAUGAUAGAUCUGAUGAGGACAUGUUUGAGAUCAUUGGCAAUGCAAUGAACAAUGGUGUUCUCUCCUGCAAUACAUCAGUGUUUGCUUGCACUGUUGGACAAAAACCAAGUAAAGCCAAGUACUAUUUGGAUGAUACAUCUGAGGUCAUAAUCAUGCUCGAAGCUCUAGCUGAAGUGUCAAGUCCUCCACUAUCAACAAAAGUUGAGAGUGGAAGCACCUCUUGAAGGUUAACAAGUAUGGAUUUAUGAUAAUGAAAUCUUCAAUUCUCCAUAAAUUCAAUUUGGACAUAAUACUCCAAAAGCCUUUAGUGAGGGUAGUGAUAAGCUUUUGAUAUGUUUAGAAAUAAAAUAAUGGAAGAAAAUUUUGUAGCCUUAUCAUGGUCGGUUUACAAGAUCAGCUAACUGGAUUUCCCAUUACUAAUAGGUGGAGGCUUACAAAGUUGAGAGCUUUUACUUGUAGCAAACAUCGACUUAUCUGCUCAGAUAUUUAAAAGGUUAGUGGAGUCGUUAGAGUCAUUCACAAAGGACUAACUUGGGAAGAAAGUAAUGUCAAGAAAUUUGAUUUGUUCAUCGCUUUUUGUGGUGUAUUAUUGUC